AUGCUAUCUUUCAAGCUGCUCGGUGCCAUCGCAGCCUUCACCUCCGCUUUGUUGACCAAGCAAGCGGCGCAGAGCUUCUGUAUCCACGGCAUCAACUACAACCCCCGCAUCGGGCCAGACUGGGCUGCUCAAGGUCAGCAAUGCAAGAGCGCCGCGGACAUCCAGGCGGACAUGGAGACGCUGUAUCAAGUAACGGGAUCCGUCCGCCUCUAUGGGCUCGGGGACUGCGACCAAGUCUCCAGAGUUUUGCCUGCCGCCAUCAACACCGGCCUGAGUGUGUCGCUGGGCCUCUGGGUGAGUGGGGAUGAAGCUGUGUUCGAUGCGGAGUUCUCUAGGCUCCAAACCUUGAUCCAGCAGCACUCGAGUCUCUUCUCGGGCGGCAGCAUCGUCGACAUCCACGUGGGGAGCGAAGCCGUGUAUCGGAAGGAGAUCACGGCCGAGGAGAACAUUGCGUAUCUCCAACGAGUGAAGGCUCUGCUCGCCGCGUACAGCUUGGCGUCUGUGCCCGUGACAAUCGCCGAGAUCGGGGACGUCUACUUGGCGCACCCGAAUCUCAUCGACGCUGUCGACGUCGUUCAAGCAAAUGGGUUUCCGAUGUGGGAGAAGAUCGCAGUUGAAAACGCUGUCCAGUACUUCGACACGAGGAUGCAGCCCCUGUACCAACAGGCUGCGGCGCUCGGCAAGAGGGUGGAGAUUGGCGAGACUGGCUGGGCGUCGGGUGGCUCGAGCCCCAAGGCGUCCGAGGCGUCUCCGGUGAAUGCGGCUCGCUACUUCUACAACUUCUUCCAGAUGGCCCAGGCGCGCAACCUCCCGUUCUACUAUUUCGAGGGCUUUGACGAGGAGUGGAAGAUCACCGCCAGCAACGCCACCGUCGAGGGGUACUUCGGACUCUUCCACGAGGACCGGACGCUCAAG